AUGGAGGUGUCACGCAGUCGGCGUCGCAAGGAUGGAAAACGACACCGUUCCCCUAACAGUUCUGAGUCACGUUCCCGGUCGCGUUCUCCAAUUUCCAGGCGGAUGCAUCGUCGUCGCUCGAGCUCCCGGGAACGUUUGCGUUCCGGUGAUUCGUACACUCGUGACCGAGAUUUAACCGCUCAAUACGGCAGUUCUGCUCGUGACCGUUCCUUAUCUCCUGUGCGCGCUACUUCCCCGUUCCCUUCGGCUGCGCACAUGGAUUCGAUGACGAGAUUGCGUCAGCCGGAGAUCCAAUCCUCCGUGUACUAUGUACCCGAUUUUCAAAACGAAUCCGGUCGUUUCUCGUCCUCUCACGUCAAUCCGCCACCAAUCACACUCACAGAGCGGUUUGCUCGUCUGACAGCCUCAGGCACGACUGUCUACAAUAAGCGAUAUCCUGGAAAACUUCUGGACACUAGACGUAUACCUCAUCUGAUUAUAACCAAUAAUUCGCAGCUCCCACCCGCCACCCUUCUCCGACAGGCUAAAGCAAUUUCCAUCGUGAUUGAGCGGAAGAUUCCACCAGGUCGAAAACGUACGGCCGAUGUUGAUACUUCUCUGGACACGUUAUUCAUACCCCGGCGUUCGACGGAAGGUCAGAAGCCGGUUUUCGAUCGUCCAGAGAUUCGUUUUUAUCGUGUCUCUUCGGACGAGUCGCUAAUUAGUGAGCGCCUACUCGAUUGUAUCAACUCUUCGUCCUCCAAACAUGAUUCCAAACGCCACCCGACUUCGAGUCAGUACCACGACGUUGUGGUAAUUGGUGCAGGCCGGUUUUAUGGAAGUCGUGUAGAGCAGUCCGGUGCUGGUCCACGAAAUGUCCAUCCAUUGGACCCGUUGGAUACACCAAGAAACUCGUCAUAUUUUCUGCAUGAUGUUCGUGGCGAGUUGGAUUUGACCAGUCGUCGAAGUUGGCGAACACAGUUUGCGAGCCAAGCUGGUGGUUACCGACGUGAGUAUCGAGAUCGACGUUCGCCUGGAUCUCCUGAGCGACCGAAUUCUCCACGUGGUUUCUCACCACGUCGCAACUAUCGAGGCAUGGAUAGUGGACGCUGGCAGCAUGAUAAAUUUGAGGAAUUGGAGCGUCAAGAAGCUCCGUCUCAGUCCAAGGAGCCAUCAAAGGCAGUACCGAAACCUGUACCUGCUCCGAAGCCGAUUCUAUGGUCAACGAUUGGUAAAGAGAUCAACACAGUUACCAGAAUCAAUAGCAAUGAAGAAGGACACUUGUCCAACUCGUUUGAAGACGGCUCUCCGCGGUCAGUUCGGAGUAGUCAAUCGAGCAAAACAGCCGGUGUGAACCGUCGUGGUGAAACAGAGAAGGGCGUUGCUAGAAAUGAUGACUCUGAGGACGUACGAAUCGAUAUGGAACCUGUGCUGGAUGAAACGAUAGACGACAGUUGAAGAACGAAGAUAACAGUUGACGUUGCUUCGUUUAACACUGCCUUUGGCAAACUCUAUUUGUACAGCGUUUCUGUUGUCUGACCGCUGGCAUUUUUUGCAAACAUCUCGUUUCAAUUGGGUUGUUAAAUGCACGUUUCUA